GCACACACCGCCCUCGGGAUCUGGUUAGAAACGCCGCGAUCAAGGAAGUGGCUCAGCCGCUGGAUCCAGCCUCGGCCCAGCGCACACCGUAUCUGCUCUUUCCUUUUCCAUCCUUACUUUUAAAUACUGUUUUUUUAGGCGCACAUGCUUCGUGUCCCUCCCGGGGACCUUUAGGUAUACGACACAUUACUUUGCUUGGCGUUAAUUCUGCACUUAACUGGCAUUUAAUUCGGCAGGUCAAUCAUGUCGCAGCAGUAUAUUACCCAGACCUAUCGGUCUUCCAGCGUCUCCUCCGACCCUGAGAUCCUGCAGUCGGGGGUGCAGUACGUGAACUUGUCGUCGAUGCCGAUGUCCCGUCUGCAAUACGCCUCGAACGGAGUCCCCGCCGACAACAACAUGGUCUACGAGACCGUGCGCUACCUGGUGCCGAUGGAGCGGAGAGUCGUACCGGAGUCCUACGUGCUGGUCAACAACGCCCCGCAGAUGGUGUCGUCGCCGGUCUAUAUGCAAAAAGUCCAGGGAUACGCGGUGAACAGCGUGGAUGAUUCGGAGUUGAUCCAUACCCAGCGCUACAUCGAAGUUGAAAAUGCCGGUGAGAAAACGCCAUCUGUCUUCAGCCAAUCCCCAACCUCCGUCAAGUCAUCAUCAAAGAUUGAGGAGACCAUCAACAUCAACAGCAGCAUGAACUUCGGCAGCCCGGUGGAGACCCUGCCUGAGGUGAAGCUACCAGUCGUGGAAGUGGAGGAGGAGAAGCUAGACACGCGCUACUUCGGAGAACUGCUGGCAGAGGUGUACCGCAAAAACAGCGACAUUCACAACUACAUCUCGGACAAUGUGGUCAAGAUCCGGGGACGGAAACACCUCCUGGACCCCAGCAUCGACUACAAGGUGGAGAAAGACGAGACCGAGGACUUGAUCCCCAAAGGCAUGUCAGAGCUGACCAAGCAGCAAAUACGCUACCUGCUGCAGACACGCUCCACUGCCGACAAGACCAUGCGUCUCCUCCUGGCCACCUUCAGCAGCCUGAGGGAGGAGCUGCUCCACCUACAGGAUGACCUGAAGCGCCUGGAGUCCGAGAAGGAGGGGCUGGAGAAGGACCUGAGCUACAAGGCAGACCAAGCGUCACAAUAUGACCGCCUUUUGGACUCCUUACGGGAGAACAACAGACAGCUGCAGGUGUCCCUGAAGGAAAGCACCUUGACCCAGAAUAACUUGGAGUCCCAGGUGAUGUCUGUCCGGGGCUCAGACUCUAACCGCGACUACCGCAUCAAGGAGCUGGAGGGCAGCCUGAGGGCGCUGGAGCAAGAGAACAGCCUACUGAGGCAGAAGGUGACCGGUCAGGGUAACAUCACUGGCUUUCAGCAGAAAACAGAAGAACUCUCCAAGCAGUACAACGACAUGCUUAAUGCACUGCGGCACGAGAAGGACAAGGAGAUCCAGAGUCUACGAUCCCAGCUCAUCCUGGUGAAGACUGAGUACUCCACGCAGACGACAGGAGACCGGAGUCUGGAGCUGCGAAUCACGGAGAUGUUGACCAAGUUGGAGCAACGUGAGAGCCUCAUCAAGAGACAGGAGGAGGAAAUCAGGAGGCUCCAAAAGGAGAAGAGUGACUAUUCCAGCAGGACCAUCAUCACAUCAAGGUUCUCCAACCAGUACCCCAUCCUGGGCCUUCUCAGUGACGACUACCAGGCCACGUCCCCUGUGCAAUCAUCCAAGACCAUUGUGAUCGAGAGGUCUGGAGACCUGCGAAAAUAACAGGAAGGAGCGGCCAGAAAACCGAGAUGCCAAGCCUGCAGUCCCUCGCGGUCCUUUCCUUGUUCCCUUUCUCUUUGCUUCUCAGGUGCAGGGCUCCUAGGUGAAGUCGUGGUUCAGGUUGCCACGUGUGGUUUGGCAAAGCGGCUCACUUCCUGAGACAAUAUGGCCACCUGUCUAGGAAGAAUUGACGCAAAAUCAGCCAAUGUUUUUUUUUUUUUUUUUUUUUUGCUGUUGGGUGGUAGCUGGGGUUAGUCAGGAGUAGGAUUUCAAGCAGUUUCAGAUUCAGCUCCCCAGAGUGGGUUAGCAGUGUCACCCCUGCAAAGUACUUGGUUAUUUUGGUUCCAUUUAGCUGCAUGAAUAAGUGCAAUCUGCGGGUAAAAACAAAUCUAAAAAUAUGAGGCAGAUUGAAUUUCCUGCAACCUCAAGAGAGCCAUCAAAGUCCUACAUGCCUUAACCUUUAUGAUGCUUUUACCUCGUCUGUCAAGAGCAAUGCCACAACAUAUAUAUAUAUUUUUUUUUUGUUUUUUUGAUAAUAUAUGUGUACUUGCAUGCUUGCUUUCGUUGGUCUUUUGCCAUCUCGUUUUACUGAUCUUUAACGACAGAGGUGUACAAUUGUUUGACACAUUUAAUGCCUGGAAUGUGGAGUUUCAUUCUGUUGAGAGACAAGUGGCACAUUUUUUUUUUCUUUUACCCCCGGAGCAACGUGUCACGUUUAGUAGGUGUUUUCACUCUAAUCAGGUGUUGCUGUGGGAGAGGGGUCUACUCCGGGGUGGAUGUGAAAUACGAGUGUGGGAAAAGAGCUCAGAGAAACUGAGAUGUUAAAGACUGGAGGCCUCGGCUCUGUAUGUGUUGGAGAUGGCUGAAGAGUUAGGAGUAGCAUCUCGGUCGCUUUUAUUUGGAAAUACAGCAGAAACAUGUAGUUCCCAACAUGCCCAAAUUGUCCGUUCGGUUCUGCUUAUUGUUGUUACACUGGCAAAGUACGUGUCUCGCACCUAAACAGCAUAAGCCUCAAGGAUCAAUGGGGUUGUUAAUAUGUAGCAAUGAUACAUCACAGCGCUACACUUUCUUCUCCUCCAGUCCAUUUUGCACUUAUGUCCCAGGUACACUAGAUGGCGCUGCAGUAUCACAAUAGAGAGUUUAUCUUUUUCAACUGAAGUCUAAAAUGUAUGUGUUAGUUUUUUUUUGGAUUACCUAAGCACAAUUUUGAAAACGGGGCCCAUUUUGUCAAAGCACUACACAGUUAGCCCAACCACACACUCAAGUAGCAGAAGAACCUCAGAUCCUUUGCAGAAUGACACACCUAAGUCAAAGCUAUACAAUUAUUUAUGACACAAAUGAAUCAUAUGAUCUAAUUCUGUUUGAAUGAGUUACACAUGUGCUCAACCAAUAAGUUUUAUCAUGUCUGCUUUCCUAAUGAUUAAAAUACACAAUGAUUAAAAGUACAAAAAUAAAUUCACCAAACACUACAUGAGACCGAUACUGCAGACUGAUGGAAAUAUUUAUUUACUGUGUAUCUCUAUAUAUACUCAGGAUAGUCAAUACUGAACAGAACAAAACAUAUUCAGACCAACAUCCCAGUUUUCAUGCUACUACUGUACAUACUACUGUAAGCUCAUCAAACACAUUUGGAGAGAUGAAGGUAUAAAUCACUGUACCCAAUACAGUUUAAAAAAAACUUGGUAUCACCUCUUCACCUAUCUGGAUCUGGCCAUAGGAUUUGUCGACGUUGCAGGUUAUGUUCUCAUUGGCAGGAAAUCGCUGUAAAAACACUGAACGUCGAAUCCAUCCUUGUACAGAUGCUGCAACAAUUUGAUCACAGUACUCUUCCGUGGCUUAAAUGAGGGGAAUCUGGUCAAAGGGCUGGAUAUCGUAAACCUUCCAUCGCCAUGCCGAGAAAACUCUUCAGUGGGGUUUAGGAAGGGGGAGUAUGGUGGAAGGUGUUGGAUUGUAAAUUGUGGAUGUUGAAGAAACCAAUUUUGGACCAGAGGAGAUCGGCUGGAAAGAUUCAUUGUCCCAGACGGCAAUGUAUCACAUCUGAUACGUUUGAUUUGCUGCUGUGAUGAUAUGCAAUCAGUGUAAUAAUCUGAGAAUGAGGGUGGUAUUGUAAGGACCCAAGUUGGCAUGGCGACGGAGGACCCCAUUCUAUGUGAUGGCAGCCUACUGUAAAAUAUCACAGGAAUGGGUACCAAAGAGUGCUGAUGUAGUACAUACAGCAAGCUACUGGUUUACUGUAGACAGUAGGCAUCUUCCCCUAUUUUCUCGGAUGUUUUCUUGACAAAAUGUCCGAAUUACUGAUGCCACUGUGCAUCUGCUGAGACUUGGCUGAACUUUCUGUCCAGCCUCCCUCAGUUGUAGUCCAUGGUUUUUCAUGUGGUCAACUGGUGCAGUACAAAUUUCAUUGGUAAAUUUGGUCCUCUUCUUUGAUCAUGUCCUCUCCCUCUUCCAGGUCUUCCUCUACAUCAGCCUCUUCCUCCACCUCCCCCUCUCAUCCUCACUCUCCCUCUCCCUCUCAUGCCUUCCAUUUCAGUUUAAGUCACCUGUUGCCUUUUUGUAGAGCUUACACCUGAUUGGUGUGUCUACAAUUAAGCCCCCAUGUGUCUGCACACCUGCUGGUUGUGUUUAACCAGUUAGUUCAUAGGUGUGCUAAUUUGAAAUCAAGUGCUUUGACAUGGCAAGGAAAUCGUCAUCGUGUUGUAUUUCUCCAUGUAAUGUGUACAAGUGUGUUUAGUUUUUUGAAAAAAAUGUGAGGCUGCCGAUGUGAUUAUAGUUGUGCAAAUCUGGGCUGAUGUUUUGCAACUUGAGUGUAAGGCUUCUCUACCUGUGGACUACUUGUGAUUUUGGUGUUUAAGCAAUCAAAAAAAAAAAAGUUUUUUUUUCCAGCAAAGCUUAACAUCAGAUUGUUUCUGCAUAUUACCUUUAGUAACCUUAAUAAGUAUUGUUAAAACAUUUGUGGUGCAUCAAAAUCUGCUUCCGCACAAAUGUCUAUGUAUUGCUAUGUGUUUUACAACGUUUAUGUUAAACUUUGGUUGGGGGUGGCCAGUACAGUUGUGGGAUCAUUAAAGGAAAAAUUCCGGUUAGAACUGACCAUUGAAGUGUCCUCGAUGAGCAUACACGGAGAAGAUGGCUCAUGAAUAUUCCGAAACAUGGGCAUCCAGCUCUGGUUCUGGUAGGUCAUAUGGUUUACAGGCUAUCACUCGGGCUAUCACUCGGGCUCAGCUCAUAAUUACCUUGCUGAAGUCAUUGAUUAUAAAGUUAACUUUACUUCGUGCUUAUGUGUCAGCUAUUUAGAAGGUAUAUAAAACCAGUAUCUCUCUCAAAUCUGUUGGUUGAGGACCUACAAUUUAAGAUUUCAAUGUAGAGGUAUAACCAACUAUAAUGAAACUGGGAAAAUUCUGCUGAAAUUCUAAUUUAAUCUUAAUACACUGGGCCCAGUUCUGCAUGUAUUUUGCUGUAGCAUUCAGUGACUUUGUUUUAUUUGUUCUGCGUGUGACUCACUUUAUAACCCCUGGGGUACAAUUCAUUGCUUUUCGUUUCACUUGUAAAAACAAAGUGUUACUUUUGAGAUGAGGAUUCCAUGACAGCAAGCAAGGGUUAUGGACCAAUUACUAACAGUGUGUUGAACAAUUAAUUACUACAUGUCAAUGCUGUCAGCAACUAAACGAUAUCACUGCAAGCCUUCUGAGUGUCUUUGUGACAACAGAGUGAAACACUGCACCAUAAUCCACUGGAAACAGCGGGGCUGGCCCAGUAAAUUGUGAACAACCCACAAAAAACUGUUAAUUCACAGCAUAGAACAAUAAUCACAGAAGAACAAAACCCUGUGGUUCUGAAGGGGUUGAGUCUCUUGCCGUACUGCUUUUGUAAAUCACACUGGAUUUUGGGAGUCAGCGCUUGUGUUAAUCUCAUUAAAAUGACCAUACACAAAUA